AUGCGGACGCCGACAGCGAUGAUCGUGGGGCUGGUGCUGUGCCCCUGCGGGCUCCUGCUGACCUUCACAGGCACGGUGGCACCCAACUGGAGGCAGGUGAGCCACAUAUCCGACCAGCCCAUUGACUUUGUCUUGGAGCAGGGCAUCUGGGACAUGUGCAGUGAGCAGCGGAGCAGCCACGACCGCCUCUGCGGGCAGGCUGAUGAGCUGGGCUACUUCGAGCAGGUGCCUGUGCGGGUGGCCCAAGGGAUGAUGCCGACCUCACUGGCGUUCACCCUCCUGGGCUUGGCGGUGGCUGCCCUGGGGGUUCGCUGCUGGCAGAAGGAGCCACGGCACCUGGUGGCUGGCGUGGCAGGGCUUGUGCUGUUCAUCUCAGGCCUGCUGAGCCUUGUGCCUGCCUCCUGGUACACCCAUGAGCUGUGGACACUGCCCGCACCAGCUGGUGGCACACUGGUCGCAGGCUACAGCUUGGUGCUGAGCUACUUGGGAAGCUGCCUGGAGAUCCUGGGGGGGCUGGCCCUCACCCUCAGCUUCCACCACUGCUGCAAGGAGCGCAGGGCCCCCAAACUGCCCCCCACCCCCGCGCUGGAGGAUGGGCCGUGGUCCGCCACUGGGACUUACUACAAUCCCUGGGACGUGCUGGGGGAUGAGCGAGACAAACAACAGAGGAGCACCCUGCCUUGUGACUCGGACUUGUAG